AUGCAAUCCCGCGACCCGCGCCCACGCAGCGCCAGCACCAGCCCGCACUCUCAUCCUACGGAUCUUGUCGCGUCUACAACGGCCCCUCGCCCCAGUCCUGAUUCGCCUCAGCCCCCUCAUGUGAGCUACGAUCUGGCAAGCGAGUCUUCCGCCGCCGUAUCGCGACUCUUCCCGCCCGCGAUUCCCGUCCACUCGCGUUCCGACACGGACGUGCCCCCGCUCACAUCGCACGAUGCAGCCCAGCAAAGCUCGCCUGCUGCCGGGGGCUUUGUGGCGGCAGGGCUUCGACGACGCCGCAGCAGCAGGGUACCCGCGUUUCGCACCUUUGAUGGCGCGGACGACGAGUUUGAGAUGCCCUUUACCGGCGCCGGCGUGGGCUGGCAUCCCGGCGCCGAGCCAGGCUACGAUCCCAAGCUGCCUGAUGGCGGACACGCCUCAGUGCCGCAGUUGAGCGCGCCGUGCGAAAUUACCGUCGUCGAUUUCUCUCUGGAGCGUAUGGAGCAGCGGCAUUUCGACAACGAUGGCUUCAUCGAUUUUCUGAAGCAGCCCAAGGAGGACUGGGCUAAGUGCCGCUGGAUCAACGUCAACGGCCUCAGCUGGGAUGUCAUUCAGGCUGUCGGCUCGACGAAGGCCCUACACAAGCUCGCCAUUGAAGACAUUAUGAAUCUACGCAACCGAACCAAGGUUGAUUGGUAUCCCCAUCACGCAUUCAUCAUCAUGACGCUGCAGAAGCUUGUGCACGUUGUCGACUCCGACACCAACAGCAUCAGUUCUGCCAGCAGCUCCUCUUCCCGCAAGGCCAUGGCCGUUUUGCGGCAAUUCUUCAGCGGCGACCCCAGUCAACGCCCCGGCACUGACCCUGAAAAGAGGCACGGCGAGGACGCCGCGCCGCCCUUUGUCGACCUACAAGAGACGAGCAUGCCGCGCACCCUGCAACGCUAUCAAGCCAGCGGUAAUGAAGCUCGCACUCGGUUCAUGGAAGAGCACUCGUCGCUGGCCCCGUAUAACAUGGCCAUCUCUGCCGAGCAAGUCUCUAUAUUUCUGACUGCCGACAACACCGUCAUCUCCUUCUUCGAGGCCUCGGCCGGCGACGUCGAGCGGCCCAUUGUCAAGCGCCUGAGCACGCCCGGCACGAGCCUGCGCGACUCGUGCGACGCCUCCCUGCUAGUGCAGGGCAUCAUGGACGCCAUCAUUGACCUGGCGAUCCCGCUCACGGCCGCGUACACGGAUAUCCUCGGCGACCUCGAGCUCGACGUAAUCUCGGCGCCGAGCAUCAAGCAAAGCAAGCGCCUCUACAUUUGCAUCAGCGAGAUCAACAAGAUGCUGCGCUUCCUGCUGCCGAUUGACAACCUCGUCAACAUGCUCCGCGACCAUCGCACAUUCAUGACCCAGGAGCAGGCCACGCGUGAACUCACCAACCCCGCGAGCGGCGUGCUCGUGACGCCCAUGACGCACACGUACCUCGGCGACGUGCUCGAUCACUGCAUAAUCAUCACCGAGUCUUUGCAGCAGCUGAAGCAGUCGUCGGAGAAUUUGAUCAACCUCAUCUUUAAUACAAUCACUGCCAACCAGAACGAGUCGAUGAAGCAGCUGACCACCGUCACAAUCAUCUUUCUGCCGCUGACGUUUAUUACUGGCUUUUUUGGUCAGAACUUUGAAGAUUUUCCCGAGGUGAAGAAGGGAAUCUGGUACUUCUGGGCGUGCGCUGUGCCGACAGUGGUUGCUACCAUUGUCAUUCUCAUGCGUGACAUGAUUUACAAUUGGGGGGUCAGUGUGGUGCAGCGCAAGAAGAUUACGUCGAUUCGAAAGAAGCGACGCCGCCGAGGCGUCUCGAGGUGA